AAGGUUUCCAUUCAAUAACAUCCAAUGCUCUGUUAGAGAGAGAGAGAGAGAGAGAGAGAGAUGGCAGAGACUGGUUACUGGUUGAGAGGAAGAAGCCUAAACCUGAAUCUGAACCAAUCAUCCAAAGCUGAGGAGGCAAAGAAGUCCUUCAAAUUGCCAUUUGUUUGGGCCACCAAAACCAGAACAAGAAAUGAAGAGUUCUCACUGAUAAGAAGAAAAAAUCAACGGAGUCCACGACGUCUAGUGAAAAUAGCAACAUCGUCGUCGAACAAGGGGAGAUGGAAUGGAAAAUGGACUAGUGAAUACAUUUUCUCUCUCCAACAAUUGCAUCUUCAAGAUUUGGUCGAAGACGAUGAAGAUGGUGAUGGCAAUGACAAUGGUAAUGGCGGUGGGAGAGACACUCAAGUUUCUAUCACCCUCUCCAUUGAGAAGCAUGCAAGCUUUGGGCUAUCAGUGAAUGGAAGGAUCAUCAUCACAUCCUUAACCAGAAAGUGUUGUAACUGCUCCUCCCCCUAUUCCAGAAAGAUUGAUACAGAGUUCAAUGUUUGGGUUCUGCAAUCAAGCAGACACAGCGGCACUACCACUCAUCACCUACCUGAAAUUGGUGCCGAUGACCCUUCUGUAACUCUCUCAUUUCUAAACUCUCUCUACAUAUUUAUAUAUGGUUAGAGUUUUUGGUUUUGAGUUCUUAAAAAAGGAUGGCUAUUAUUCAGUUAUCAUAAGUUUUAUUUUGAUAAUUUAAAUCGUUUAUUUUGUAAAACUCUUCGUAUAUAUUAUUCAAACAAAAAAUCAAAUUAGUUUGAUACUCGUAACAUAUUCAAUUUAUCACAUUUCAAAAUUAAAAGAGGAUUGCAAGUGUAUUUUUGAAAUAGACCAUCUAUUUAUUUUUAUUUUUAUUUUUUGUGAUAAACACGAUAAAUUAAACAUGUUAUAAUUAUUGGGCUGAUCAUGUUUUUAUUUAUAAUAUGAAGGUAUACACAAAAAGCCUACAAAAUAAACGGUUCAAAUUCUCAAAAUGAGAGCUUCAACGAGUAAUUCAGAUCUGGACAGAAGGCACUCCAAACCCUUUUUAAAAAUAAUUUUUAAAAUGUUCAAUAUGUAAUUUUUUUUAAGUUUUAAUGAACGUUUUUAACAUUCUAAUUAAUUUUUUUU